AUGGCCGCCCCCUUCGCCAAACUCAAGAACUCCGGCCUCCGGCGCCUACUCACGCUCGUCGGCGCGCCCAUAACCGGGACCAAGCCAAUCUUGCUCGCCCGGCUGCAACAAAAACUUGAAACCUCAACUCUGCCAUCCCACAGACAGGGAACCGGCACGACGCGGAUCCUGAGCAUCGAUAUGGGGAUCAAGAACCUCGCCUACUGCGUCGUAGACGUCAAGCUCCCGCCUUCGACCCCCUCCACCGCUUCCAAGAGCACGGAAAGUAAAACUGAAGACGCUUCACCGGCACCCCAAGACCCGCCCACCAUGACCCUCACAACCUGGCGCCGCAUAGCCGUCCUCCCCCUCCCGUCCACCACCUCGCCCCCCUCGUCCCCCUCCGCUACCUCAAUCCACACCCCCACGCCACCGCCGCCAGGUAAACCCGAACCCGGAGCCGACCCCUACCACCCCCGCGCCCUAGCCCAAACAGCACACACCCUCCUUACCACGCUCCUCCUCCCGCAUGCCCCGCACACCCUCCUGAUCGAGCGCCAGCGGUACCGCUCGGGCGGCGGGGCGGCCGUUCAGGACUGGACGUACCGCGUUAACAUGCUUGAGGGCAUGUUGUGGGCUGUGCUGCGGACGUUACAGAGUGAGAGAGCGGGGAGGGGGAGGAAGGGGAAACGGAAGGUUGGGAAGGUUGGGAAGGAAGAGGUGGGUGAGGGAGAGAGUGAUGGAGGGGAAGGGCCAGAGGUCUGGGACGUGAGUCCGGCACGGGUGAUGGGGUUCUGGGUUGGGGAUGGGAGAGGGAGGGAGAAGGGGGCCAAAGGGAAGAGGGAGAAGGUUGGGCUUGUGGGGCGGUGGGUUGGUGGGGAGAGAGUCGGUGUUGCUGUGGGGGUCGGUGGUGCGGGCGGUGGGGCAGAAGGCACAGGCAUCAGGAUGGAGUUCAGUGGGGAGGCGGAGAGUGCGAGGAAGGCGUUUGUGGGGAAUAUUAUGGAGGGAAGGGGCUCGCGAAAGGGAUCUGCGACGAAGAAGCCAAGAGCGAAGAGGAGGAAGAAGGUGGAAGAUCAAGAAGACACGCAGAUUCUGGUUGAGAGCGUCAGCGUUGCGGAUAGCAAGGCGGUGCCUGUUGAGACAGCGGAGGAUAUCAGGAAGCUGGAUGACCUGGCGGACUGCCUCCUCCAAGCAGCGGCCUGGGUGCAGUGGGAGGCGAACAGGCGACGCAUAGCUGAGAUGGACGAGCAAGAGGUGCUGCGUCUGAUCGAUGAACAUACCGGAUCUUAG